AUGAAAUUCGUUCUCAUCCUUCUCGCGAUUGCUCUCAUCGUUUCCUGCUCCGUCGAUCGCGUGCGCUUCGAGAGACGGUGCGGAUCGCGUCUCUUCAACAUGCUGAAGAAGAUUUGCAAGUUCGACCUUCAACCAAUCGACGUUAAGGCGUCGGAAUUGUGCUGUCUGAAUCACUGCUCGUACGAGACCAUGCAAAAAGUGUUCUGCAAUAAGCAACCAAAUCGCGUCGUCAAUAUGUGA